AUGGAGAGAAUGAGCGUUGAGCAGCUACAUCGCUCCACUUUAGAAAUAUAUUCGCACUUGUUGGAUGAGUUCAACCCGAGCUUACACAGACUGGUCUCUCUGGGGGACAGCUACGUUCAGGCGUUUCAAGCCCUGGCUGUAAAAAGUGAGGCCUACUUCACUGCCCUGUCCAGAAUGGGAGAGCGGGCUUUCCACUCUCACGCUUUAGGUGAUGUUUUAAUUCAGAUGUCUGAGAGCCAAAGGAAACUCACUACUGAGGUGGAGGGAAUCUACCGCUGGUUCCAAGUGGAAGUUCUGCAGGAGAUGGACAACAACGUCAGGAUGGACAUAGAUUACAUCGCGGGCAGCAAGAAGCGCUAUGAAAUGGAAGUCCACAGCCAGGCGGUCGCUCUGGAGAGACAGCACCGCCGAGACAGGAUGGGACAGGACAUGGGUGAGCACAUGCACUUCCUCAGAGACAGCCACCACGAUGCCCUGGAGGAGGAGGAGAGGCGCUACCGUUUCUUAGCUGAAAAACACUGCGCCCUCAUCCAGUCAUUCUCACGUCUAAUGAACAAGACUGGAGCGAUAUUGCAACAGAGAGCAGAGAAGUGGACAGAGGAGGUCAGCGCCACCAGGAGGCAGGAGCCGAGAAAGCAGCCUCCUGUGUCAGUGUUUUGUUGUGAUUUGUUGGUCAACCAGGCGGAGAUUCUGAGAGGCAGAGAGGAGCUGGGGAGUAUCCCAUCGAGAGCACCAUCUCCAGAGAACCGGCCCCGUUUGGGCUCCGUCACAGAUUCACAGGGAGGAGGAGGGGGGAGGGCCAUGAGGGCAUUAGCUUCCCACAAGCCCAGCAGCGCCAACCCCACCCUCCUGCCCUUUAACAGAGGAGAGCUCAUCAGUGUCCUGGUGCCACAGUCCAAGAACGGCUGGCUGUUCGGGCGAGCUGAGUCCUCCGCACGUACGGGGUGGUUUCCUGCUUCUUAUGUGGAAUCUCUGGACGAUCCUCCAAAAUCAGCCAUGUCAAGUAAUUCGUCUUUGCGAAGCUCCAGCAGUAUGUCCAGCCUGUACAGCCAAUCGGGAAGCAGCACCCACAGCCAAGCCCCGCCCCCUCCAGGCCCUCCGCCACCGCCGUCUCCAGGCCCUCCGCCACCGCCGUCUCUAGCGUCCUUACCGCAUACGUCCAAUAAGCAUGCGCCACCAGCUAACAAGAGCCAGCCAAGGUCCCCUUCAGAAAGCAAGGGACCCGAAGCGCCGCCGUCACGUCCUGAACUCUUCCCCAGGGGAACCAACCCGUUUGCAACAGUGAAGCUGAAGCCCACAAAGACCAACGAUCGAUCGGCGCCGAAGCUAAGACGCUAA